CAGAUGCUCACAAACACAAGGCCGCCCGGGGUGGGGGGGGUGGCCGUGAGGGGCGAGAAGCGGACUCAACGACGACAACUUUCCUCUCAAACCACCCGAGACUGCACGAUGACCAUAUUUUGUUGUAACCCCCAAUCCUGGGACACGCGUUGACCAGAACCGAACUCACCCAAAUUCCUGAUGCCGUCAGGGACAAUCAGUUGAAACUUUCAAGGUCUCAUGCGAACAGUCCGCUGGAGGAGGGAACAAUGGCAAAUAAAGUCUUGAUCUCCAUCAUGCCAACGCCAGACAAUAAUGUGACCAAAGCUGUACCACGUUCUGCGCGAAAACAGGUCAAAAUAGACGCACUUAAGAUCCUAGAUCCAGCUAGAACCAAACUCACGUCAAUUGAAGCAGAGAGAAUCAUCUCCGUGCUUGAAAAUACCAUCAAGAAGAUAGAAAGGGUUGGCCUGUUCUCAUACCUGGCUGAAAAUCUCGACCGAUACAGCGUUGCCUUUGGCGUAGAGUUGAUGUGUGCCAUGAAGGAGUACCAAAAAAUAGAGAAAUACCUGCAGGUUGUGGUGAACAGUAAGUACGAGGAACCCGAAGAAAGUAAACCCUCUCGGAGCCAAAAAUUAAAGGCUAAAGCCAAAGAGGAGAGAAUGAAACAGGAACGGGUGCACAACAUUCAAAUCCUGGAGCAGGCGCUCAAAAACUCGGUCAAAGACAUCCUGCGGCUCUUUCAGGGGAAUCCUGUAGGGUGUCACGCUAUUAAACUAGAAUAUAGAGCGGAGCAUCAGACCUGCAAAGAGCUCAUUCAGGGGCUGGAAGAACUCAGAGAGUUCACAUUCGAGCGACUUCUUGUAACCUCUACAGAGGAGAGAGAAAAGAUGAAAUAUGUGCAAGACGUCAUAUUUCGAGACAAGAAAAAUGAGGAGGUUAUUGCUGCUUUGGAGGCAGAACUCGAAAAGGCCUACCAAGAUAAGGAAAAUGAGGUUUUGAAAAAAAACGAUAUCAUCCGAAAGCUCAAAACCAAUCUGCACCAACUCGAGUUGUUUUCGGAAGAUUACAUCCGUCAAACUAAACUGGAGGCAGAGAAACAGCAACAGGCAGACAUGAAGGCUUCAGAGCUGAAAGUCACUAAAUUACAGGAAAUGAUAACCGAUCGCAGAGCUAACUUGACCAACAUGAUAACAGAGCACCGUGACGCUGAACUGGCUUUAAGAAAGAGAAAGUAUAAAGUUGAAACUGAGGUUGAAAACUGGAUUCUGAAGUAUGAUGCUGAUAUGGGAGAAAAGCAGGAGGAGUUUGAAGAGCUCGAAAAAGUGCACAAAGUAGAAAACAGUCAGCUCACGGAGCUGGAAGGAAAGCUCCACAUGCUGGAGGAUGAAUACAAGCAGAUUAUGGACGAAAAGGAGGUUAAGGAGUUGGAAAGAAAGGCCAAGGAGGAAGAGCUGUUAAAGACGACCAAAGCAGUCGUCACCAUCCAGGCUUUCUGGAAGGGUUACAAAGUGCGGCAGCUGGUGAAAACCCUGAGAAAGAAAAAGAAGAAGAAGAAAGGAAAGAAGAGAAGGGGAAAAGCAAAAGCAGGCCGGAAAGGGAAAGGGAAAAAGAAGUGA